AUGCCAAUAAGUGCGUUUGGUGCGACACUAAAAGCUCAAAACUAUCCAGUGGAUUUAUAUUUCCUUUUAGACGGGUCAGCUUCAAUGGCAUCUGUUAAGAAUGAAAUUGUUAAGCAAACUGAAAGUAUAUAUCAGAUGAUGAAAAGUAUGACUGAUAAUGUUUAUUUGGGAAUGGGUUCUUUUGUAGACAAAAACUUGUUGCCAUUCACUAAUGUACUAGACAGCACGAAUACUUAUUCAUUCCGAAAUAGAUUAAAGCUUAUUAAUGAUCCCGAGGCUUUUAAAAAAACCAUUAAUGAUACGGCAUUCGGUUAUAAUUAUGAUGAACAAGAGGGUACAUUAGAUGCUCUCGCACAAGUUAUUGUAUGUAAGGAACAAAUCGGUUGGCGAGAAGAAUCUAGAAAAAUCAUCUUAGUUUUCACUGGAGCAUCGUUUCACGCGGCUAGUGACGGAAUUUUUGGUGGUGUCGUUGAACCGUAUGAUGGCAAAUGUUAUCUAGAAAAUGAUGUAUAUACUAAAGAAACUGUAAUGGACUACCCUUCAGUCGGUAUUAUCAAUAAACUGGCAUCGGAGGAUGAAAAAAUUAUCAUUUUUGCCAUCGAUGAAGAAGCAAAGAAUAUUUAUAAAUCACUUACGAACUUUAUUACUGGCUCUAAAGUAACAAAAUAUGGAGGAGAUUUAAUUGCAAACAUGCUUAAAACUGUUUAUGAGGAAAUUUCUCAAAACUUAAAACUGAAAAUAAACAUGGACAAUGAACAUCGAAAGAAUUUUGAAUUUAAUUUCACUCCAGAUUGUUAUAAUGCUUAUAGACAAUAUGAAGAUUGCGAAGUAGUACAGUCCGAAGAGAAACAUUUUACUGGGACCAUAAAACUUCUGUCAUACAUUGAAACUGAUAACGUUAAGAUGGAUAUUGUUUUUGAGGGUAUAAAGGAAAAAAUUGAACUAGAUAUAUCUAUUAUAAAACAAUGUGACUGCAAAAGGGAAGAUAAUUCAACGUCCUGCAAUUAUCACGGUUCCUUAUAUUGUGGAAUAUGUGAAUGUGAAGAAAAUAGAUAUUACGGUGAUAGUUGUCAAUGUCAAAAUACAACAAGCGCCUUAAAUCCAAGUGAUGAAGCUACCUGCAUCGCUCCCGGUAGUAACUCUACAUGCCAUAAUCGUGGCUCUUGCAAGUGUGGAAUGUGCAAGUGUAGGAAUGGAUACAAAGGUAAAUUCUGUGAAUGCAGUGACCACAGUUGUGAGCGGGGCGCUGACAACCAGCUGUGUUCUGGUCCUCUGAGAGGUGUAUGUGAUUGUGGAAAGUGCAUCUGUAAGAGUGGCUGGACUGGUUCGGUCUGCGAUUGUUCCACUUCCAAAACGGAGUGCUUAAGUAAUGACAAGACAUUAUGCAACAAUCGUGGUACUUGCAUAUGCGGUAGAUGCAAAUGCAACGAUAUAUCCGAUUGGGAUGCUAGGACUAAGGAGCAACCAGACUGCCAACUCUCCUGUCCCCAAGAUAACCAGGAUCCUUCAUCAUGUCGCCACAGACAAUGCAUCAAUAUCGAGCCAACCGUUUUGUGUCACCUUAAUAACGACGAUUGCGAGCCUGUAGACAACUUAAAUAUCACAGUAAUAAAGAAUUUAACCACUAUCCAAUCGGAAGGAGAUUGGUACCAUUGCAGCAGAGUCAUAGUUGAUGUGGGAUGCUAUACUAAAUUCCUGUACAGAUAUUCAAAAGACAAAUAUGGUAUAGAAGUCGUUAUGGACAAGAAUGUUGAUUGCAUCGAAGCAAAUUACAUUCGAGGUUUCAUAUGCCUGUUUACUCUAAUCUUCAUCGGAGUGGGAACUCUGAUCGCUUGGAAAUAUUGGACGGACCGAAGAGAUCGUUUGGAAUACGAACGAUUGUUCCAACAAGUAAACGAAACUGAGACCCAGAACGACCUCUUCGUGCCACCGCUACAUAGUUACAGAAACCCCUCGUAUCAAGGACACUUAUAA